AUGAUCGUUCGAUCAUAUGACCUGCGAACUGGGCUAAAAACGAAGACGAAUGCCAUUUCAUGGAAUCCGAUGGAAGCAUUCAACUUUACCACACAUUCGAAAAAUGAACGUAGCAUGGAAGAUCACGUGUCAACUAUUCCAGACGUCUACCACACCAAGAGAAUGCAGAGAAUAUUCUGUGUCAAAUAUAGCGUCGAUUCUAAAGUUGUAUUAUCAAGCUCAGAUGACGGCAAUGUCAAGUUAUGGAAAGCUAAAGCCUCUAAGAAACUAGGGGCGAAAAGUUAUCGAUCGCGGGCUUAUCUGGAAUAUUCUGAACAAUUCAAAGCGCGAUAUAAAGAUUUGCCGAGAUCAGACGUAUUGCAAGACUCUAGUGACGAAGGAAGCGAGACAGCCUCUGCCGAUCAGGGUUACGCGGUCACACAAUAUACGCUCGGUGUAUGCUAUGAAGAGGUUGUAAACGCGGUUACAGCAUACGAAAAGUCGCCGAUCAAGGAUAUUCCGCUCAAUAUAAAGACACCGUCAUAUACCCAAAGAGAUCAAGUCUAUGCAGCAGAAUUAUGCUUAGCGCACAAAAACGAAAAGAGGAAAACAUUCAAAAGAGGGAACAGUACCGCAUCAAGCGGAACGCAAGAAAAGAUUACUGGAGUCGCAAAAUAG